GUGUCUAAACCUUGAGUCGUAACUUGAAUCAGCGGAAUGUCCUUGAACUGUUGACUUGAUGGUUGUGGAGGAUUUCUGUUCAUUUUUAGCAGAAAGGAGGGAACUUUUGUUCGACAGUCUCAGUGAUCAUACAGAAAACUUCGUUGAUUCCCCGGUAAGCAAUGAAAUAUCAUUCCUUUGUACAUUUUUCGAACCUUCAAAUUAGGAUUCUGAUGGUGAUGUAUGUAUAGAGCGAAAGAAUGGUGUGAAUGCGCUUGUAAAUUGGGACACAGAAUUGGAAUGUAGAGUGCGUGAUCGCUUUGAGAGGUUAAUAAGCAAUAUAGAAAUGCAGUCGAAAGGCGUUAAACCGUCUUCAGCUGACGAAAAGUUAGUGAAACCUGAUAUUGCUGGGAUGAUCGAACUGCAUUUGAAGCGUCAAAAUACGACAAAAAAUAGUGUUCACAGCGAAGAAGAUCGUGAAAAACUACGCAGUUUACUGGAAACUGCUAAGUCAAAAUGCCUCUCUGUUAAGAUUGAGGAGAAAAAGUUCAAGAGAUCUCUGUUACGCAGGUUACGUCCGCGCAAAUCCAAAAGUCUUAAGAAAAAGCGUACAGGCACCAAUAUGAAGACGGAAAAAACUCUUAUGAAAAAUUUUCCGGAAUCAGGAAACGGAUUUUUCUGUUUACUCAGAGGAUUUCUAACACUUGAGGGUGAACGGAGAAAGCUGACUACACCUCAAAUAUGUGAAUAUGUUCGUGAAUGGCAACUACAAAAUCAAAGUAAAUUAAGAAAGCUUGGUGGGACCUACAGUUGGAUUGAUCGGGUAGAAAACUGGUCAUCAGUGACUUCACAUGCGCUACAUUUUCUAACAGCUGAACAUGUACCGGAGAAUGUUGUGCACAAAAGUUCCCGUCGACUUAUAUGCCCAAGACCAUAUGUCGAUUUGAGGCCACGCAUUCAUCAGUGGCGCUGGCUAUUAUGUCCUCCUUCUGGAGCCAAUCCAAAACUCGACCGGGAAUGGAGCAGGAAAUUUGAAAAGGAAACAAAAGAAUUGGUUGGAAUAUUUACAGAUUGGCUUCGAGCACCACGUGGACUCGGUGGACUAACAGAUGCCAUUUUAUCCACUUCAAACUCCUCACUUGCAACUGGUAAACGUAAGAAAAGACGCACAAAUGUUAAGCAUGAAAAUAAGAGUAAGCAGUGUUCUCAAGAUUCUGAUUGUAGCAGUUAUAAGUCAAAUGUAGUUGAUUCGGAGCUCGACGAAGAUCAAACGUGUUUACAAAUAGACGAUGGUCAAAUUGAGUCUGAUAACAUUGAAAAGAAAAGUAAAAGCAAACAAGAAGUUAAGACAAAGGUUUCUAAACAUUCACAACAACCAAAAACUAAUGAAGAUGAUGAUAUACCUCCACCAUUAUUCCCAACAUCAUGGAAACUUCGUCCAUUUACUAAAGAAGAGAAAGCGAAAUUUCAAUUGCAAGAACUGGAACGUUUUUCACAGCCAUGGACGCCAUUUGUUUACCAGAUACAAGAUUAUUAUGCCACCGUUGGACCACUUCGUUCUGCUCCAAGCGCACUGAAUCAAGAUUCGGGAUCUCUUAAUCCAGGUCGUAAUUGGUCUGGCCAUUCUAAGGCUAGGGAUCAUCCUUUAUUAAAACCGGAUCGUCCUACGUUUGCUAGUUUGGCUGAAAUUGUUCGAGAUGCUGUGGCUUGUUUGCCCAAUGGAGAAGGAAGCCGUACAGAUAUCACUACACUUGUACAGAAUAGUGUCUUUUUGCUACCGAAUAUCGAUCCGCGUAAGCUACAACAGUGCGUCAGUUCAGCUCUGGAUCGUUUGCAGGGUGAAACAUCUGAUCCAUCUGUUUAUUUUAACAGCAGUCGUCGUAUCUGGAUCUAUCGUCAUAGAUGUCGAUCUUUUGAUCAAUUUGCUAAACUACAUGAAGCCAGAUGUGCUAUCAACGAAACUAAAAAAAUUAUCCAACGUGGUGGUGAUACUACAACAUCUGUCAACAGCACUAACAAAGUAGUUAGGCAUACUAAUAUACGUAUUCCUGAAAAACUGGCUGAAUACUCAGUUAAAUCCAACAGUCUGCGUAAUAACACUUUGAAAAAUUCUGGACGUUAUCAACACAAUGGAGGAAGACAUAUUCAAUCAGGUUAUGUCUGUCGAGAUUAUGGAUAUAUGGAGGUCGGUGAUGAUCAUUCACUGAAUGAUCAUGAUGAUUAUAUUCCAGACAUUGAAGAAUUGGAAGCAGCUGAUGAAAAUAACAUGAUUGAUUAUAGUUGCACAUCGCCUGUUACUUCAAUAAAUUCUAAUGAUGUAGGUGUUUGUGAUAUUGUUACCGCUGAUUAUGGUAGUGACAAUGAUGAGGAUGUGGAUGAAGAGGAGGAUGAGAAGGACGAGAUGGAAGAGGAAGAUGAAGAAGUCGAAGAGGAGAAGGAGGAGGAGGACGGGGAAUUGGACGAUGAUAUAUACAAACUGUAUUGUGAAAAUGAAAUUUUUAGCAGUUGGGAUAUUUCCACUGAUCCUGAAUUCACGAAAAAAUCGAAUCCCUUAGGUUCAUUUCAAUCAAGAUGUCCAACUUCAUUCAUCAAACCGAACUGUCGUAAAUAAUUAAAAUAAUUUUCAUAAUACUAAUAGUAAAUACUCAAAGCUUCCAAGUUCUACAUCUUCAUUUUAUUUAAAAAUAUGUCCUGAGGAUUAUUUCAACAGUGAUGCUCUAAUCGAAAAUUAUACUAUUGACAAAAACGAUAUGAAUAAAGGAUAUUUGUAGGGUUGAGUGAAAAAAAAUUAAUUUUACAUAUCCCUAAUAUAUGACAGUAUUUUAAUCCUGGUUAAAUUUUAGCCCUUUUUUCAGUUUUCCUUUAAUAAUAUUAAUAAUAAUAAUAUAGCUAUGGCUACAUUUUCCUUAUGUAGAAUUCAUAAAUUGUUUUCAUAUCUAUUCAACUUACCGGUCAACAGUGGUCAUAUUCUAAAUUUUAUGUACGGUGAAAUUUGAUUCCGUACAACACUCUACCUCGGUAGACCAUCUUGGUUAUUAAUUCGGAGGCCAUUUGUUCAAUUCAUUUUAUCCUCAAUCGUCAUUCAUUACGCGCCUAUGGCAGUCUGGCAAUCUCAUAAAUGAGAUCCUUGUUUUUGAAUGUUCGACCCCCACCCCCGCCCCAUACACACACACACACACACACCUUUUUCUCAAUGUAUUGACCCUAUUUCUCGAAAAACUUUUAACUUUUUAACUAACUACCAGGCGCUUUUUUUAAAAGUAGUGAUUGUAAUAAAUAUAGAUUGAAAAAAAAAAGAAAAAAGAAAUUUGUUUCCAUUUCCUUUUCAUUUUGCUUCCUUCCCUCUAUAAUAUUUAAUAUCUCUUUUAUACAUUAUGUGUAACUAAUAAUAUUUACGAAGCAUAUAAUUAUUAUUGUUUGUUUUUGUUAAAAAAUGAAAAGGAAAAAAGAAUUGGACUUCGUACAAAUGUUGGUGUAUUUUUAUCAAACGUGUUUAAGUGUGUGGUAUUAUUUUGUUCGACUUUGUGGUUGUUUUUUUUGUAAGCUAAUUAAGUUUCAAAAAUGUGUUUAACUCUAAAAAUAUAAUAUACUCUUGUUUUUAUUUUAAACCCAAACCCCACAUUUCUGAGAAAGUGAAACAAAAAUAGUUUAUCACAUUUUAUUGUUCAAAUCCUAUAAUAUUUCUGAAUAAAUAAAUAAAUAUAUAUCGCUUGUCU